AUGGGCGGCGGCGGCGUCGGCGGAAAUGGCAUUGACGAAUCACGCUGGACAAAAAGCGGGCAAAAGCCCUCACCACCAAAGGUGGUGCUCGACAGCAAGGCGGGCCGGACCUACCUCAAUCUCCUGUACUACGUGAGCACCCUCAUGCUUCACCGCGAGUACUUCCCCUUCCUGCCGACCCCGGAGUCGGAGCCACGGGGUCCAGUCGACCAGCCCAUGCUGGGGGCGCCCGCCCCCGAGGGCUGGUGGGACGACAGCUCCCGACUCCUCUUCGGCGCGGCAGAGCACAUCGCCGCCAUUCUACACGAGGCCUCCGAGUGUGGCGUGCAUCUCAUGACGCCCUUUGCCGGGUUCUGCGCAUUCUCAGCCGGCUACCUCAACCUCUACGUGGCGAAAUACCCCCGAAUGAACCUGGGCCGCAGCCCGCGAGCAAGCGACUGUCUCAAAAUGUGUCUCGACUACCUGGAAAAGUUUCGACUUGUCUGGAAAAUCGCCGACGGAUGGGGCGGCACGCGCAAGAUCAAAACGAUACACCAUGCAUCCGUGCUCUACGAGCGAGCAACCGAGGACCGGACACGAUACCAGGGGCGCACACGAGCAGACUUUGAUACUCUACACCAGUCUGUCCACGAGUUCCGUGUCGUGGAUAGAUCCGACGCGCAUACUCGGGAGAUUCGGGGCGCGGAGCGGCCCUCGGCGCAGGCGACUUGGCCGGUUCAAGGGCACGAGCACGAGCACGAGCACGAGCACGAGCUCGACACUAAUACCUUGUUGAACCAGCUUUUCGCGGAAGUCAGCAAUAACCUCGACGAGCAGGGGGCCUGGUCUCAAUGGUGGCCGGCGAUUGAUCAGGUGGAUCUUUAA